ACAGACAGCAACAGGGACCAACUUCCAAAACACAGAAGACAUCACUGAAGUGGAAACUCUGCCGAUCUGAGAUUUUUUUCUUCUUUUGACUUUGGUUCACACUUGAUUAUCUGUCUUUGAAGUUAGUUUUUGCAUUUUUGUUGCAUUUUGUGCCGCAGCAGAGCUCGCCAUGAGGUGCUGUGCUUUAGUGGUGUGUUUACUUUCGGGAAUAGGCGUGCAGAAUGGAUGGAGCCGUCCUGUCAAGUCAGUCUUUGUCACCUUCCCAGGGAACAUCGUCAAAAAUGUGGCAGAUGAGGAGCUGGCACAAAGUUAUYUGAAAAGGUUUGGUUACAUGGAGGCGGCGCAGCGCAGUGGCUUCAAGUCCAAGGUGUCCAYAGCAAAGGCUCUGAAGAGGAUGCAGAGACAGAUGGGUCUGAAGGAGACUGGAGAACUGGACAAGUCGACAUUGGAGACCAUGAAGAAACCUCGCUGUGGUGUUCCUGAUGUGGCCAAUUACAACUUAUAUCCCAACGAACCCAAAUGGGACCAUAAUGAUGUUACAUACAGGAUCCUGAACUAUUCUCCUGACAUGGACAGCAUUCUGACUGAUGUUGUCUUUGCAAGAGCCUUCAAGGUGUGGAGUGAUGUCACUCCUCUGACGUUUACCCGCCUUUUUCAAGGCACUGCAGACAUCAUGAUCUCCUUUGGAAAAGCUGACCACGGGGAUCCAUUCCCCUUUGAUGGCAAGUAUGGCCUUCUAGCUCAUGCCUUUUCUCCUGGUGUGGGCCUUUCUGGGGACGCCCACUUUGAUGAUGACGAACACUGGACUCUGGGAAAAGGAGCAGUGGUGGGAACUUACCUUGGCAGUGCGUGUCACUUCCCCUUCACUUACCGGGGGAAAUCGUACACCAGCUGCAUCACUGAAGGCCGUACCGACAACCUGCCCUGGUGUUCAACCACAGCCGACUACGACAAAGACAGGAAAUACGGCUUCUGCCGAAGUGAACUCUUGUUCACGGUUGAUGGAAACGCGGAUGGAGCCCCCUGUGUCUACCCCUUCAUCUUCCAGGGAAAGAUGUAUAAGAGCUGCACCACCAACAACCGCACCGACGGAAAACGCUGGUGUGCCACCACUAGUAACUUUGACACAGACAAGAAAUAUGGCUUCUGUCCCAAACGUGACACUGCUGUAAUUGGAGGAAACUCAGAAGGAGAUGCCUGCCACUUUCCUUUUGUGUUCAAGAACAAGGAAUACCACUCAUGUACUAGUGAGAUGAGGAAAGAUGGCAAAUUGUGGUGUGCCACCACUGACAACUAUGAUAGAGACCAGAAAUAUGGCUUUUGUCCCAAACGUGACACUACCGUAAUUGGAGGAAACUCAGAGGGAGAUCCCUGCCACUUUCCUUUUGUAUAUAAGGGCAUGGCAUACUACAAAUGUACUAGAGAGGGGAGGACAGACAACAAAUUCUGGUGUAGCACCACUUACAACUAUGAUAGAGACCAGAAAUGGGGUUUCUGUCCUGACCUGGGUUAUAGCCUGUUUCUGGUGGCUGCCCACGAGUUCGGACACUCCCUUGGUUUGGAUCACUCCACCGUUAGAGAAGCUCUCAUGUUCCCCUUGUACAUCUAUGUGGAGGAUCUCUCCCUGGAUCAGGACGAUAUUGAUGGCAUUCAGUACCUCUACGGAAAUAAAACAGACCCUUAUCCUACUCUAAACACCACAGAAGAACCUGGCCCAACUGCUUCAUCUGUUGUGACAACGCCAUCCACUGUAGAUCCAACCAAAGACCCCUGCAAGAUUCUCAGGUUUGACACCAUCACUGUGAUUCAGAGACAUCUGCAUUUCUUCAAAGAUGGGCAUUUCUGGAAGGUACCAAGUAAGGGAGACGGAGGUCGAAAGGGACCAUUUUCCAUUUCUCAGAGUUGGCCAGCUCUACCUGCUGUCAUUGACUCUGCUUUUGAGGAUGUUCAGACCAAAAAAAUAUACUUCUUUUCAGGAACCAGGUUCUGGGUGUACACAGGAAGCAGUGUGUUAGGUCCCCAAAGUAUUGAGACGCUUGGUUUGCCCCAAAGUCUGCAGAAGGUGGAGGGAGCACUGCAGAGAGGGAAGAUCAAAGUGUUUCUCUUCAGUGGAGAGAACAUCUGGAGGUUAGAUCUCAGGACCCAAAGGAUUGACAAAGGAUACCCCAGAUAUACCAACACCAUCUUUGUAGGUGUCCCUAAUGAUCCUCAUAAUGUGUUAAAGCACAAAGGCAACAUUUAUUUCUGCAGAGAUCUUUUCUACUGGCGCCUGAAUUCUCGCAGGGAGGUGGACCACAUUGGCUACCUGACAUACGAUCUUCUGAAUUGCCCAAAAUAAUCAAGAAAUAACUGAGAUACAUGCACAGAUGGGCUGUGAGGCUGUAGCAACCAAAUGUUUCUUUGUGCAGGUGUCUGAAAGAAUGUGAUGCAGUGUUUGUGCAUCAUGCCUUUUGUAUGAUGCAUGUGCUUUAUGCAAUGUGAACGACUGGUUUCUAUGGAAUUUGGCUGAUUAUUACUCAUGCAGCAUUGAACAGAAUGCAAGUCACAGGCCCAGAAGGCAAGCAACCAUUGUUUGCACUCAGUCUGACAUGCUGUAAACUGAUGACCAUAGUGACCUAUAAUUUGAGACCCAUACAAGUAAAUUCAACACAUCCUUCCUGGAUAAAACUCUGGAUUUCCAGAUGAAAUUUCGUGUCUGACUGGUUCAGACCCUUGUCAGUAUUCAAAUAUUUUCUUUGGUAUUAAUAGCAACAUCUAAUAUUAUUUUAUGUCAUGAGCCUAUUUGUAUUGUGUGGUUUUGAGUUUUUCUGAAAAUGGUUUCAAAGACAUAAACUGCACUGGAAGACAUUCUGUGUCUCCUUAAUUAAAAUUAUUUAUAAAACUAAUAAUAUUGUACAAAUAUUUCAGCUUUCUAGGCAAUAAAAAUUCUGUGAGAACAUUC